AUAAUAUUCAUUUGUUAUAUGGGCUGUGAUAGUGAACUUGUGUAUAUUAAAAACCACGUGCUAAAGUGCUGGUGAUGCAAUUUUUAAUUAAAUUAAAUAGCGGAAGGAACUGAUAUUUAUAUAAGAUAAAUUAUACCGUGAAUUUUCUUAUCUGCCAUUGGCUACACUUGAUUGACGUUUAAUGUUGUAGAAAACGGUUGCGAAAUUUUAAUAAUAAAAAUAUUUUUGACCAUGCAAAUUUUAAUUUUCUAGUGCAGUAAACGAGGUACAGUCACCUGUUAAUAAUUUUGUUGGCGGUAACACAAUAUUUAGGCGAUAAUUCCGAUGCUUGUUUGUUAAAGUAUGUCAAUAUUGUUAAAAUAAACUGUGCUGUGAUUGUGGAAAAUUUUAAAUAAUAAUGAUGGAUGAAUUAACGAAGUUUUUGGGUGAGGAGAACAUGAACCUCCGUCUGCCCAAACCAAGCUGGUCGUCGGCCAAAAAGUCUCUCACCCGCAGAAAACACCUGGUCCUCGAAGACGACAGCCGACUGGCCAGGGUCCUAAGCACCCUCGAUCUUACGCUUCUAGGGGUAGGCAGUACCCUAGGGGUGGGCGUCUACGUUCUGGCCGGCGAUGUUGCCAAAAACACCGCAGGACCUGCCGUCACUAUCUCGUUUUUUAUUGCUGCGGUGGCAUCAGUCUUAGCAGGUCUUUGCUAUGCUGAAUUUGGAGCCAGAGUCCCAAAAGCAGGGUCUGCUUACGUCUACAGCUACGUUUGUAUAGGCGAAUUUUUUGCAUUUGUUAUAGGUUGGAAUCUUAUAUUGGAGUAUUUAAUAGGUUCAGCAACUGUAACCAAGGCCAUAUUUUUAUACAUAGACAAAUUAGCAAACAAUACCAUGAUGAAUUAUUUUAAAGAAACCAUGCCGAUGGGUGGCGAUCAAAUUUCCAGUUACUGUGAUAUUUUUUCUUUAGGUUUAUCACUAAUAUUUUCAGUGGCAUUAGCUUUUGGCGCGAAAGAAUCAUCAUGGAUGAACAAUAUAUUCACCAUAAUCAACAUAGCCGUGGUACUGAUUGUUAUAAUCUCAGGAUUCUGGAAAGUUCAAGCCAGCAACUGGACCCUCCCAAAAGACAAAAUCAGUCCUGGACACGGAAAAGGAGGUUUUGCUCCCUAUGGAGUCGAGGGGAUCAUCAAAGGAGCGGCCAGAUGCUUUUUUGGGUUCAUUGGGUUUGAUUGUAUAGCAACUGCAGGGGAAGAAGCGAAAAAUCCUAAGAAAUCCAUUCCAAUUGGUGUGAUUGUAUCUUUGUUGGUGGUAUUUUUGGCCUACUUCGGAAUGUCGACAGUGCUCACUAUGAUGUUGCCUUAUGAUAAACAGGACGAAAAUGCGCCGUUGCCGCAUUUGUAUGAUAUUUUGGGAUGGACUGUUAUAAAAUACAUCGUCAGUAUAGGAGCUAUGUGUGGACUUUUUGCUAGUUUACUUGGUGCCAUGUUCCCACUUCCCAGAAUCAUCUAUGCUAUGGCCGCCGAUGGACUUCUUUUUCAAUUUUUGGCCAAUAUACAUCCAAAAUUCCGUACCCCGUUUAUGGGAACGCUGGUUUCUGGGGUCUUUACUGGUGUGCUGGCAUGCCUUAUGGACCUUGAUAAAUUAGUAGAAAUGAUGUCAAUUGGAACACUUUUGGCCUAUUCUAUGGUAGCUGCUUGUGUCCUGGUUUUAAGAUUCGAAACGGACGAAAAAAAUGAAAAAGUACAAAAGAACUGCCGAAAUUACGUUAAACAAAUGUUUUCCACCAACACCAAAAUAGCAAACUCUCUGACUUCUAGCUUGGUGUCAUUUUUGGUUUUUGUAUACUUUGUAUUUUCAUUCGUUGUUUCCUGGCUUUUGACAAUUUAUGACAAAGAAUUAUACCGAGGUGAAACGUGGCUGAUAUUAACUGCAGCAGCUCUACUCCUGGUUUUAUUUAUAAUUUUGCUUUGCAUAUCAUUUCAACCCACUUCUCAAGUCAAAUUAUCAUUCACUGUUCCCGGUGUGCCCUGGGUUCCAGGAAUUAGUAUUUUGGUUAAUAUUUAUUUAAUGACAAAUAUUAAAAUUGAUACAUGGGUUAAAUUUUCCAUUUGGUUGCUUAUAGGUUUGGUUAUUUAUUUCUCUUACGGAAUAUGGCACAGUACAGAGAGAAAAUCCAAGAGAACUGAAGAGGGACAAAAAAGUGAUUUUUAUUAGAACUAACAAUCUGAUUUUAUAUUUUAAUUCAUAAAUGCUUUAUUUAUUAUGUAAAUAUUUUCAUUUAUACCAA